UUUUAUUCGUUCUCUAUCAUCCUUGCUGCAGAAUGCGCAUGCGCGAUCAUUAAACAACUUUCGGUCUCAGAAAGGCGCUAGUACUCCGGAGCAUGAGCAUCAGGCAUGACUGAACCAGGAAAUGGAGGACCCACGCCUCCCGCGUUUGCCUUCAUGGACGAAGCAACCGCGGGUACAAGCGGUGAAGGCGGCGAGGGUGCUUUAGGCACUUUCGACGAUUACCCCCCGUAUGCUGACGAGUACAUCAAUGACGUUUGGGAGGUGUUGAACAGCCAGACCGAUGCCACUGACGUCAAUGAUGCUACUGACAGCGGGAGCACCAGUCUCGCGCCUGUGGAGUCCUCCGCCAGUGCCGAUCACUCCAUGCCCAGUACGAGCCACGCUGGCAUCGAGAAAGUAUCGUCCACUACAGAAAACACCACGAGGCAUUCUGUGGACGCCUGGCGUUACCUGGGGAACACGCAAACCACGGCGAUUACCGACGAUACUUACAACGUCGACGGUGUCGCUGACAAUGGCAGCACUAGUUACCUGCACCUGGAGGCCAUCCGCAGCAUCAAUAACACAAGGCCCAGCACAAGCCGUGCUGGCAUGGAGGAUGCAUCAGCCAGUUUUGAAGACGGUGCCACGAAUGCUACUGGAACCGGAGAAAGGGAACGGCAAGCGUCCUGCGUUUCCAGUAGAAAGGUUUCCAGCAGACGCGACACCUCACACGGGCAACCCAACAAACACACGGGUUAUACAGCCCCCACUUCCAGAGCACGUGAUCAAUCAUCUGUCAACAAGUCAAGCCACAAAUGCGAAACAUGUGGUAAAUUGCUAAGCGGAGCUUUUAGUCUAACUGAACAUUACCGCACGCAUACAGGCGAGAGACCCUUCAAAUGCGAAAUAUGCAAGAAAUCAUUCGUGCAUAGGAGCAGUUUCCAUAAACAUCAACAGCAGAUUCACACAGGAGUGAAACCCCAUAUCUGCCAAAUAUGUACUAAACCAUUCAGAAACAAAGUGGACCUUAAGUGUCAUCUCACAUCACAUAGCUCCGAUAGACCUUUCGUUUGCGACAUAUGUAAUCGCUCCUUUAAGUGGAAAACAAAUCUCCGAAGACACCGCAAAAGAGCUCACUAGGCUAAAAUCUCGUACGAGUGCAAGCACUGUGGAUUUCGGUCCGCAAAGAAAGAGAGCCUAGACGCACAUCUGUGUAAGAAUAUUAGCUGCCAAUUGUGUGUAUAUUCGUUUAGAGACGCAGCUCAACUGAUUACACAUCACCUGGCGCACAUGGAUGUGCAGUCGCAACAGUGUGACUAGUGCGCAAGUGAAGUAAAUCGCCCACGUGUUUUGCAUAGGAACGUGACCAUGAAGCCGUGCAGCAAACUAACGCUGACAUUCUCCCCCAGGGACGAGUAACUAUCCGAACGCAUCGUGUCCACAGACGGGCUUCUUUUCACGUUUAAAACUGCUGAGUGAAACGCAAGGCUUCGAAGAUAGCGCCUGAUUUUUUAAAAUUACCGGCCAAAAACGUCGUCUCCCACAGAAUUUGGGAUGUUGCAAUGUCGAAGUAUACUGCAGGCCCUGACUAGAGGUAACUGUUCGCAAAACUAAGUUGUUUCGCCGAAGUAGCUUUCACAAACUCAUUUUUAGACACACCCUAAUGGGCUGCAACUUUGUGUUUGUGUAACUAGAAGGCUGAAUGUUCGCACAAGAUCCUUGACUCCUCGUUUAGUUUUGUGCAAGCGCUUUGACAGUGUACUUUUAAACAAGCUUUAGCUAACAAUGCUUUUAAUGAUUCUGCAGUGCGAAUAGAAGGGGGGACCUCACAUGAGGAACCCUUUAAAAAAGGAGACACUGUGUUCUUGCCAACUAAAAACUAAUAUCUGCUAAUAAUUGCGGCCCUUAGGCCUAGCGGCCUUUCAAAGACAGCUUUCACAAUAUAUAGGCACAGGUAUGGGAAAAUUUAUUUCCCUUACAUAUUGUUCAAUACACGCAAUGAUUUGGUUCUCUCUAUGGAUCUUGUACUCAUACCGAAAAUCUUUGUUCUUUAUCAUGCUGAUGACAACAGUGAGACUGUACUAGACUCAAACCAUUUGGAGCUGAAAUAUCCAUGUUCUUCCACUGCGAGUAUUUUAAAUGUUUCUAUAUAUAGCGAGAACCUCCGUCAAUUUUAAGUUACAGUUGCUUAUUCCCUCGUAAGUCGUCUCUUUUGACUUGUGCACCACUCUAGUUACAGCUGUGGAAUUUUUAGCCUGAUGUGACAAACGUAUCCCUACGGGCUACUACAGGACGAUUCAGAUAGUUUUA